UUUCAACUUGACUUAGGCAAACAGCUUUUAUUUUCAGCUAAUAUGUCAACUAAUGUAGAUGAUGACGAUGGUCCACCGCCACUUGAAGACCUGGCAGAGGAAAUAAAUGCUGCUUUGAACUUGAAACAUUCUAUGAGCUCAGUGGUCGGUAAAACAAACCUGAAAUCAUCUAACGCGGAUAAAACCAGUUACAUUUUGACCGAAUCACAGAAUACGGAAACGAAUGGCAGCGUAUCAAGUCAAAACAGUGUAGCAUGUUUGACUGAAAAUGAUAAUAAGGAAAGCGAUAAAACCGAAAGAAAAUUGCACCAACAUAGCGAAAAAUCUUCGAGUAAAUCGGCUAAAGCAGAUUUCGGAGGAAUGAACAAAGGAUUUUUGUUUGGAGGAAGCCCAAAGAAACAGACAAAACCGAAAUCAGAACUGCCCAAAAAGAAAGAAGAAAUGCCAGUUAUCAAAUCUAACCCAGAAAACACUUCCUUGAAAUUUGAGGAAGUCCAGAAAACUCAAAAUGAGACUCCCAAUUGGAUCAAUGACUCACUUCUAAACACAGUAACAAAUGACAAUACCCUCAUGAAUAAACUUAACGACCCGAAAUACGCCAAAGUUCUCGAAGAGUUCCAGAAAGACCCGAAAGGAGCAAUGGCCAAAUAUGCCGACGAUAAAGAUGUCGCUGAGUUUUUCAAAUCCUUCAUGGGUAUUUUCGGAGACCACUUUUCAAAAAUGUUUCCGGAAGAACAGAAAACAGAAGAAACGCCUUUGAUUCAAGAAAUAAGCUCAGAAAGCCGAACUGUUUCUAAGCCGAAAAGUGCAGCCGAAGUUGCAGAUGAGCGAAAAAUGCAGGAAAUUCUAUCGCGGCCAGAUGUCAGAAAAGUGCUUCAAAGUCCAGAUGUCCAGAACCUAAUUCACUUAAUGCGAAACGAUCCAAAUGAAGGCCAAAAACUGUUGUUGGAGAAAAGAACAGAUGAAACUUUUCAGAAUAGUGUUAGAGUUUUAUGCGAUAAUGGAUUGCUGCAAUUUGCUUCCUGAAGUAUUUUAAAUUGUUUAAUCUAUUGCAUUUUGUAAAUUGUUUCAUCUGUAGAUAAUUUCGAAGUUAUCGGAAGUUUUUUAGCGGAUGA